AUGGCGACUCCAACAACUCUGGCUGAUCGGUCUGUGAUGUCAGCACUCUUUCCUGAAGACGUUUCCCCUCGGGUGUACUACAAACGUCACGCAAGUGGAUAUGUCCUGUCGAGCCAGACAAGGCAGUGUGUUUUGAACGUUUAUUCUUGGAUGCGGCGGCAGUACCAAGAAAAAAAUGUGGUGGAAGUCGUCAACCUGACUGCCGCCGCAAUGGGGAUCAGUGUUGGCUCGGUCUGCGAGAUCAAGCAUGGCUUCAAACGUGCCAACGGAGCUGUAAAAUCUCCUUCAAAGAAGCGCCCGAAAUUCGCUGAGAAAAGGAAGAGGAUUUCAAAUCACUACGCGUGCACUUUGACGGCCGUGAGAAGCUGCCUGCACAAUUUCUUCCGUCGGGGGGAGAUUCCAACGUUGAAGAAAAUCGCCGCUCGUCUCCAAGAAGACGACGUGCUGCCGUCCUGUUCCGGGUCUAUCCUGUAUCGCCUGCUGAAGGACAUGAGUUUCCAGGAACAGAAACGGGAUCGCAACUCCUUCCUAAUUGAGAGAGAGGACAUCGUCGAGUGGGAGGCGGCGGUAUUUGAGGGCAGUCGGAAAGCACAGAGCCCAGAAAUGCAAGAUCUACUUCCAGGACGAGACUUGGGUGAAGGAGUGAUUGUCACCCACGCAGGUAGUGACACUGGCUUCGUGUCUGGCUGCCUGGACGUGUUCCGUGGGAAGAAAAAGGGGGACUACCACGAUGAAAUGGACUCCAACAGGUUAGAAGCAUGGUUUCUUCAUCUGCUGGACCACAUCGAGCCUAAGAGCGUAAUUGUUAUAGACAACGCGCCAUACCACAGCAGAAAGGCUGAAGCAGUUCCCACAACUGCAACAAAGAAGGGCGAGAUCCAGCAGUGGCUCUCUUCCAAGAACCUAUACUGGACUGCCACAAUGAAAAAAAAAAAAGACCUUCUGAGCAUCGUGGCAACGGUGAAGGAUCGCUACACAAAGUACAAAGUUGACGUCAUGGCUACGGACGCCGGACACACAGUUUUGAGGCUCCCACCAUACCAUUGCGAACUAAACCCCAUAGAGUUGAUAUGA